AUGGAGCGGUCUCAGAGCCGCCUCAGCCUCUCCGCUUCCUUCGAGGCCCUGGCCAUCUACUUCCCCUGCAUGAACAGCUUCGACGAGGAGGACGCGGAUGGGGAUGGUCGGAGACUGAAAGGAGCCAUCCAGAGGAGCACAGAAACUGGGCUGGCUGUGGAAAUGCCCAGCAGGACUGUCCGUCAAGCCAGCCACGAGUCCAUUGAGGACAGCAUGAACAGCUAUGGAUCAGAGGGGAACUUGAAUUUCAGUGGAGUCCAUCUGGCAUCUGCUGGGCAGUUCAGUGACUUCCUGGGGAGCAUGGGACCUGCACAAUUCGUUGGGCGUCAGACCUUGGCCACCACCUCAAUGGGGGAUGUGGAAAUCGGCUUGCAAGAGAGAAAUGGGCAGCUGGAAGUGGAUAUCAUUCAGGCUCGAGGACUGACACCAAAACCCGGCUCAAAAACACUGCCAGCUGCUUACAUCAAGGCUUACCUGCUGGAGAAUGGUGUGUGCAUUGCGAAAAAGAAGACAAAAGUGGCUCGCAAAUCAUUGGACCCUUUGUACAAUCAGGUGUUACUGUUUGCUGAGAGCCCCCAGGGCAAAGUACUACAGGUGAUUGUCUGGGGAAACUACGGACGCAUGGAGCGCAAGCACUUCAUGGGAGUCGCCAGAGUCCUUCUGGAAGAACUGGAUUUGUCAACUUUAGCAAUUGGCUGGUACAAGCUCUUCCCAACCUCCUCCAUGGUGGAUCCCACCACAGGCCCGCUCCUGCGUCAGUCCUCACAGCUUUCCCUGGAGAGCACAGUGGGACCCUGCUGUGACAGGUCUUAGUGAGUAAGGAAGGGGGAACUGCUUUUGUUUUUUAAACAUGCUGUCAAGGUUUUGUUUGCUGGAACUCUG